AUGGCCUCAAAAGAAGAAAACCAGAACGCUCAACCCCAUGAACAAGGCGAAGAACAGCAACAGCAACAGCAACAAGAACAAGAAGAACAACUAGAACAGCCUGCCGACAAUGACGUACAGCAGGAACAAAACAAUGCCGAGGACGAUGGAGAGCAGCAAAAAGAAGAGAGUGAGGAGGGUGUAGAGCAUGAGCAAGGCGGCGGUGAUGACGCUGAAGCAGCUCAAGACGGCCAGGAAAAGCAAGAUGGCCCAGAGCAGGACCAGCCAGCUGAGGAUGAUGACGCCAAGACUGCCUACGAAGGCCGCUCGCCAUCGCCAAAGAAGGAGUCCAAGAAGCAGCGAGGAGAGUCGAAGAAGCGUGAAGAAUCGAAGCAACGUGAGCAGUCGAAGCAGCGCGAGCAGUCAAAGCAGCGUGAUGUUGCAACUGAUGAAAAGCCGCGCCGACGGAAGCUGCGCCGCAACGCGCCAUCGUGGAUGAGUGAAAAGGAGAACGCCUCUUCGAACGAGAAGCAGGUAGCUGCUCCUCGCCGUCGCAGGCAAGCCAGCAGGAAGCCACAGCAAGACCAGAGCCAGCAACAACAGCAGCAAAUGCAGCAAUAUCAGCAACAGCAAAUGAUGAUGCAGCAGCAGCAACAGCAAAUGCAGCAACCAAAGGACGAUGGCGGAAAGAAUCCGCUAAAGCUCCGUUUAGACCUCAACCUUGAAAUCGAGGUCACACUGAAGGCGCGCAUUCACGGUGACCUGACUCUUGCUCUCUUGUACGUACUAUUUCCUUUUUACCCAUUCCUUGACCCUUAUAGCCCUGGAGCCUGGGAUGUGAUCCUACCACCGUAUCUCUCUCUCUCUCUCUCUUUCGCUCCUUUUUUCUCUCUCUCGCUCCUCGUUCUCUCGCUCUCACAUGUCCACGUCUCACUAAGCAUUCAUUUGCACAGUGAGAUGUAA